GGAGAAAGAGAGUAGAAGAGUUAAGCACAGAAAACGAUGAGACAAAAAGGGCUCCAGCCGUGUCAGAAGGUGAAGUUAAUCACCUUCAUAUUACAACCUCUGCAUUGCCUUCUGAUGUCCAAGGGGGUGAAACAAAUAAAACAGAAUCAAACGAAAAUGAGAGUCCCAAGAAACUUCCAGAACAAACAGGUGAGACUGAGAAAGCCUUGAAUUUUAACGCAGAGAUACAUGAAAAGGCUUCUGACAAUGAAACAGAAGAUGCUGCAAUAAAAAAGAAUAUUGUCAAAGCAAUUGAUGCACAAGGAGCUGAGGAAAAUCUGAAAACAAAUGAAGGAAAUGAGAUCAUACUGAAUGAAGUUUCAAAAGGAGAGAUCAUAUCUUAUUUGACUUCCCAUUCAGAAGAGCUAACAAAAGUUUCCUCGCACGAAGAUGCAGUUAAGGAUGAACAAAUUGAAGACAAGACAUAUGAAGAGGUCAUUGUGGAAGCUCAAAAGACAAGUGAAAAUGAUAUGAACGAAAACCAAAUUAAAGGUGGGGCUGUUGAGGAACAAGACCAAGCUUCAGUUGUUAGGAUUGAAACCACAACAGAAUCAAGCACAGAAUUAAUGAUGACGGAAGGCAAGCAAAUACUCAAAUACAUUCAACAGACCGGGAAAACAACUAAAACAGCAUCUGAUAUGCCAAUUCCAAGGGAAUUAGAUCCCACUGAGAACCCAGGGAUAACAAGUUUGGCUGAAAAGGAGCAUGUUCCAGUAGAUUUGCAGGAUGGAGUUGCAGGGUCCUCGCAAAAGGCUGAAGUCAGAGAUGUCAAAGAGAACUAUCCAGUAGGACUUGAAUGCAGUGGAGAUAUAGCAGCAGACUGUUCAGGCGAAGAAGUGACUCAAGACAUGAUUGGGGGAGAUACAAAAGAUGAAACUAAUGCUUCCCGACUUCUUCAAGCAGAAAAACCAGAGAAGCAAUCUCCAGCUCCAGUAGAAGAAGAAAGGCUGAAGGAAGCGGAAACCCGAGAUAAAAGUACUUCUGACCCAAAGACCGGAGGUGAGAUAUGCUUGGAAAAGGAAGAAAACAAGGAGCCAAAGACCGUUGUGGUGCAAGAAACUAUAGUUAUUCAGGCUCCACAAACAAAGGACCCAGUUUCUCAUUUUGAAGAUAGCAGCCAAGAAGAUGAACAUGCUGGAGAUAAGACAAAUGAAACCUUUAAAAACGCAACAUAUGAAAUCCAAAAUAAGCCCUCUGCGGAAACUCAAAAGGACGGUGCAAAUGACAACAUCAGGAAAGAGACAGUUGCUGAAGACAAAACUGUGAAGGGUGACAUGAAAGAAGCCCCAGUAGUAAGCGAAGGGAUUCCAGGAAAGGAAGACCCCAUUGAGUUCAAAAAGACAACAAAUUCAACGGGCAAGCAACAGUUUCUGACAGAACAGCAGGAUGAAGCUUUUGGAACCGCGGACAAAGCUGUAGUUGGAGAUUUGGAACCUGGAACUGCUCAAGAGAUUUGUUCAGAAUCAGAAGAUUCUGCUAAGCUGUCAUUAUAUGACCUACUCCAAAGAUCCACAAGAGAAACAAUACAAGGGACUAAAAAUGGGAUUGAAGAAAGGGAACUAAAGGUAAGCAAUGAAGAGCCACAUGAGGAAGAAGCAAAAACAGAUGAAGAAGAUGAGGGCGGUGAAAACAGUAAGAUGGAGUCUGGCAUUAAACAACAUAAGAAAUCUCAUAACAUACUAUCAGGGGUUGGAUCAAAAGUGAAGCAUUCAAUUUCCAAGAUGAAGAAAGCAAUCACUGGUAAAUCAUCUCAUUCAAAAGAAUCGAAGCCAAUAUCACCAAAGGAAAGCAAGAAAUGAAGGCGUAAUGAUGUCAGUCAAAAAAUAUUCACA